AUUUUUAAUGGCGCCGUCCGUCAGAUCAACAAAAGAAGUUUGAUCUUUGACUGAUUCUGUGAUUGUAAUGUUUACUUUAAGCGUUGGUUGGAAUUUCAUCGCAUAUUGGUUAAGCCUAAUGAGUGAUUGAAGCACAGACUUUGUCCUUGUUGUCACUGUUUUAAAAGUCCAGUACAGACCACAAUGAUAAGCUAUCACAAGAUCUACAUGAGCCCUGUGCAGUCCAGCAACCUGCAGUCUCAGCUGUGUGCGCUGUGGAAGAAACAGAAGUUGUGUGAUGCUGUCAUCAAGUCGGACAAAAUGUCUGUAAUGGCACACAGAUUGGUUCUAGCUGCUUCCUGUCCCAUGCUACAGUCGAUGGAAAAUUAUUCAUUUGGAUCUUUGUUAGAAAUCCGAGUAGAAUCCGACAUGACAAAGGAAUCUGUGAUGGCUUUCCUUCAAUAUCUUUAUGAAGGUUACCUCAUGUUGACAGAGGAAAACUACAUUUAUGUUGAAAAUUUGGCUCGCUCAAUGCAUAUUGACAGUAUAGUUAGUUGUUGCAAAGACUUCAGCAAGAGCAUAUUGUCAUCACGCUCUAAAAAUCAUGGACGUACUGACAAGGCUGACUUUAAGCAUGUUCGAAAAACAAACUUAUUGACAGUGGUAUUAGAUUCUUCACAGAAACAGCCCUAUGAAAGUUGUGACAGUGAUUUUUCAAAAAGCUUAAAACAGCCAUCAUCUGAUCAUUGUAGCAGUGAAAGUAUUACUUUUAAGCAAGUAUCUCCUCUUGGUGCUACCCAGUCACAGGGUGGUGGAAUGGGAGGUACUGUGUUAAAACAAGGUCCUUCCACAUCUGAUCAAUCAGUGUCAUACCUAACUUCUUCUAACAUGGUGUCCACUAAUGUUAAUACAAAAAAAGCCUCAGGUGAAGGAGUGAUUUUCUUUGCCAAUGCAAAUUUUAAGGAAGGUAGCUCCCCUUCUUUGAGCACUACAGGGCCUCUGUCUGUUCAGUCGUCCAGGCAUGGCAGUCAAUUGAAUGGAUUUCCUCUUGCUCCUACUAUCUCUAAUGAUCAUUCACCGCAGACAGUUGAGUCAUCCAAUUUUGAGCUUGGGAAAAAGACACAACAAGCUGAACCUUAUCCCGUGUUGUUAAAGCAAGUCCCAAAGCCACAUAAGUUCCUCUCUGGUGAUUCCUCUAGAGUGAGUGAAUCAUGUGCUGGCAUUGACCAGAACAAUGAACAACCAGUUCUCAGUCCGAGUUCAUCUAUACAGCAGCUAGAUAUCCAUUUAAAUGAGUCUUCAAAAGAAUCUAUUGAAAAAUCAAACAGUCAGACACACACUUCUGCUAGUAGCACUGCUGUGAGUACCAAACGUAGUGCUGAGGCGGACCACAGUAUUGUUAAAAUGGAACUGGAAGACAGUAUCAUCCAUACAGAUGAGGGGAUGUUUUUGUCAACAGCACAGAGAGAUGGAACCCAAACAAGUCAGCCACAUAAGUUUCUCUCUGGUGAUUCCUCUAGAGUGAGUGAAUCAUGUGCUGGCAUUGACCAGAACAAUGAACAACCAGUUCUUAGUCCAAGUUCAUCUAUACAGCAGUUAGAUAUCCAUCUAAAUGAGUCUAUUGAAAAAUCAAACAGUCAGACACACACUUCUGCUAGUAGCAGUGCUAUGAGUACCAAACCUAGCGCUGAGGCGGACCACAGUAUUGUUAAAAUGGAACUGGAAGACAGCAUCAUCCAUACAGAUGAGGGGAUGUUUUUGUCAACAGCUCAGAGAGAUGAAACCCAAACAAGUCAGUCCAGCUCCUCCUUACAUGAUAAACCCUCAAUGUCAUCAGAAAGCAGUUCAAGUCAAGAUGAAAUGUCCUCAAGUUCAGUCAAUGCAAAAGGCUUGGAAAAAGUCAAAAGAAGAAAUAUUGCAGGAAGGGUGUAUGUGAGUGGAAUGCCAACAGGAAUCGACUUUCGAAAAAAAGUAAUAGACUACAUGGAAAGGAAUGGUGCGCGGCGUGGUGAAUACCCUAUACUCAGAGGACUGCGAAAAAAAGCAGCUCUUCACUUUAAAGUAUGCCCCACCACAAUAACUAAUUUUUGGGCCCAGUAUUGUAAAGAAGGAUGUGUAAAAACUCCAGUUCGUGUUAAUCAAGGAAGAAAAAGGAAAUUGUCGCAAGAAGAUAUUGAGUACAUCCAGUUCCUGAAACAGUCAAAACCAUCAAUGCAGUUGUCAGAUGUUAGAAAUGAAUUACUGAAGAAAUCAAAUUUGAAAAAGACAGUGUGCUUAGCUACUAUUUAUAGAACAUUAGAAGAGUUGAAUAUGACCAGUAAAAAGAAAUCAAAAGAAGAAAGAGAACAGACUAUCUCCACAGAAUAAAAGCAAUUUAUUCAUCAAACCCAACAAGCAAUUGCAAUAGGUUAAAUGAGUGAACUUGUUAUUGGAUGGAAUAUCAUAUGACUGUGAAUGUGUUCAGUUUAUCAAAGAAGAUGCAAAAACCUUGUUCUAUGAGGGGGAACCUGUCAUUCACCAAGGGGAUGUUCUGAUAGCCGUCAAUGCAAAAAUUCACUCUCAUAUGACAGAAAGGGAGCUUUGUAACUUUUUGCCAACACUUGGUUGGUCUUACUUCUUUUUACCCAAAAAUUCUCGGUACUAAUUAGACCCAACCUAACACCAGAGCACACCCAAACUAAACCCCGAGUUUACUUUCAGGAUUUACUCUGGGUCUGCUGUUUGAAAAUUUGCGUCCCAUCGGGGUUUACUUUGGGUCCACUUCAGGUUAACUAUGGGUUUACUCUGGGUCCACUCUGUUAAACCUGGAGUAACCCUAAAAGUAAUCCCAGGGUUUAGUUUGGGUUAACUUUACUUUCUGUUAGGUUGGGUCUGAUUGGUACUGCAUGUACACAACACUUUUGCAUGCUGAUCUAUAAAAGUUGCAGUGUAUGAGGCUUAUAAGGAAAUAACCUCAGCUGCCACUGUGUCAUAAAUCAAAAAGAUAAGUACAUGUACAUUAACCUUUUAUUGAAUAAACAAUAUGUUAUUUCAGUAUUAUAUGGUUGCGUGAUGACAUGGACCUUGAACCAGUUUUUUUGUUUCUAUGUAGAAAUAUACUGUCAAUUUUGUCUGCUUUGUUGAAAAGUUGCACUACGGUAAUUGUUUAAUGUUUAUAUUCUAUGCAGAUGUAAUUGCUGCAAUGUUUGUAAUGAUGAUAUUACACGUAUUUAAAAUAAAUAGCCAAAAUGAU